AUGAUCGAAGAAUUAAAAAACCAAUUGGACUUAGCCCAAGAUGAUGAUAAUACAACACUAGAAGAGAUUGAAGACAUCAGGAGGAAACUUUGUGCUGCUCUCAGGGAAGAAGAAAUGCUCUGGCAACAGAAGAGUCGAGAAAAAUGGCACAAAAACGGUGAUAAGAACACAAAAUUCUUCCAUGCCCUUACUAAACAAAGGAGAGCCAGGAACCGCAUCGUCUCCCUUAAGGAUAGUAACGGACAUUUGGUGGAAAAUGCAAGAGGAAUAGAAAAAGUGGCCGCUACAUAUUUUCAAGACCUUUUCUCCUCGUCUAUCCCCUCAGACCCAGAAAAUUCUCUCCGGUUUAUUACCGAGAAAGUCUCAGAUAAUACAAAUCAAUUACUUUUGAAGGAUCCGUCGGAGAAAGAAAUUAAAGAUGCGCUUUUCGAUAUUAACCCGGAUAAAGCUCCUGGUCCUGAUGAAGGCCUUAUCUCGCUCCUCAAGGGAGCAGAGGAAGAGGAGCGAAUCUCUGGGCUGAAAAUAGCUCAAGCAAGUCCCCCAGUUUCCCACCUUUUCUUUGUUGAUGAUAGCCUGUUUUUCUGUAAAGCGGAUAUCCAACAAGGAGCGGAGAUUCUUCGAAUCAUAAACACUUAUGGAAUGGCGUCGGGACAACAACUUAAUCUGGGGAAAUCAUCCAUCAUGUUUGGAGAUAGAGUGGACCCAGAUCUCAAACGAAGUGUUAAAAAUACCAUAGGUAUUUCUACAGAAGGCGGCAUGGCCAUGUACCUAGGCCUACCUGAGCAAAUCUGUGGAUCAAAGAAGAAGGUCUUUUCUUUUGUUCAUGAACGCCUUAGUAAUCGUGUUAAUAAUUGGUCCGCAAGACUUCUUUCCAAGGGUGGAAAAGAGAUUCAGAUUAAAUCAGUGGCUCAAACCGUCCCCACUUACGUCAUGUCUUGUUUCCUCCUUCCUAAAGGGGUUACAGACAAACUUCGGAGCGCCAUUGCCAAUUUUUGGUGGAGUUCAAAACAAACUAGCAGCGGAAUCCACUGGAUUGCCUGGGACAAAAUUUGUAUUUCACAGGACAUGGGAGGCCUUGGCUUUAGAGAUCUAAAUGAUUUUAAUCUAGCUUUGCUAGCGAAGCAACUAUGGAGACUCAUUCAGUACCCUUCAUCUCUUCUGGCUCGGGUGCUAAGAAGAAGAUAUUAUCGACAAUCAGAUCCGUUAGAGGAUCGAAAUGUCUACUCACCAUCCUAUGGAUGGAGGAGUAUGUUGGCCGCAAAACCGUAUCUCAAAAUGGGACUAAGAAAGACGAUAGGGUCGGGACUAAAUACGAGGGUGUGGAGUGAGCCUUGGAUCCCCGAUGCCAGGGCCCGUCCACCAAGAGCAACCCCCCAAAUCGGAAUACAGGACCCAGGAGUGUUAGUUUACUCCUUUAUUCGGCAAGACACGAAGCAAUGGGAUGAGCCUCUUCUAAGAGAAUUUUUCCAACCUGAAGAUGUCUCUCUCAUCCUUUGGGUUGCGACCUAG